GGAGCGUUUUUCGAAAUUCGGAUCUUUGAAUCCCAAUUUCCCGAACAGUCUGUGAAUUUGUGAAGUUUUGUUUGAAUUUCGGUGAAUCCGCCGUGAAUCCCGGUACUGACCCCAGGCCGCCUUCGAUUCCGUCGUUCUUCUCUUGUUCGUUUGCUGCCGACGAAGGCGGAAACAGCGGAACGCAGGCAGGACAGCGAAUUUUAACAUCGAGCGGGUGCGUGCUGUGCUCUCUGGUGCUGGAGAAGGGAAAAAAGUGUGGGUGCUGGUGCAAACAACACGGUGAUGCCAGAUUUUUAACGCAGUUUCCCCCCGAUUAUUAGUUCCGAUUCCGUUCGAAUCCCGUACGAGCGUGGUGUGUGCGUGAUACGCGAAAAGCAUCCUAAGCAAAACGAGAAAUCGAAAGUGUGAUCAUCGACGACAAAGCGGUGUGAGCAAGUGCAAGGUGCGCGUUGUGCAAAGUGUGAAUCCUCCCGAGUAGGAAAAAAAGAGCAAAAGAAAAGAAAAUUAAAUCCAAAUCCCCCUGGUGCAUGGCUAGUGCGAGUGUUUGCGUAGUGGAGCCAGUGUUUUUUGGGUGCCAUCUAACGGCAUGCCGAAGAGUGCAGUGAGCCGGCAGUAGCGGUGCCAAGAGGAGGAGAAGGAGGAGUGCGUGCGAAAGUGUGCUGCUUUGUCGUCGUGACCGCGACCAUCAUCCAAAAGUUCAACUGCAUGAGGAAGUGAGGCUGGUGAAGGCUGCACUGGCUGAGAGAGGGAGAGGGCACGCUCACUCUCUCUCUCUCUUGCUGGCUUGCAGCAACAGGAAACAGGAAGUGCACAGCCGGCACUUCACGGCGACGGCGGCGGCGGCGGCGGUUGCUGUUGGCCCCCCCGAGGCAGGUGAUCCUCCCUGCUUUCGACAAAGGAAGAAGGAUCGAUCCGGGCGUUUGUGGGUGUGAAGAAAAGAAAAUCAUCAACAACAAAUACACGCACACACAUACCAGCAUACCAGCAUAAAUACGCCAGUUCCGGGGUCCUUCCACUCAGUCUCUCCCGACUAACUGCCAAAUGUUUUGAUGAAGAUCGAUCGAUCAAUCAAUCGAGCUGAACCUGGUGAAGUCUGCGGCGAGAGUGAUUUUCCAGUCGAAGUUAUCCAAACAGCCAACAUGGAUUACGUCUCGCUGCUGUUGAUUCUGCGCGCCUAAACACCGAAGGAACCCGGGGACCGUACGUUUAUGCUGUAGCAGCAGCAUAGCACAACACCUUGCUACCGCAUCGCGCUUUCUCUUAAAAGUAAUUGGUUCGCCGGUACACUAAGGACCAUGUGGGCAUGUUGAGAGUUGGCUUACGGUGAUUCUCCCUCUCGCUCUACAAAAGGAUGCCUUUGACGUCGCCGUGGAUAAUCUGGCUGAGCUAGCAGAUUGGCAGUGGUGGUCGAUGCAGUACUAGUACCACUCAUUAGCUAGCGGACACCUCAAUGCAUCAGCAAAAGGGCAGCGGAUCGCAGGAGAACAGCAGUAGCGGACGUAGACGCCGAAGAAGACGCAGGAUCGCCGGAAGAGAGGCGUGGCAGUAGAAGAGAGCAGGAGCAGCCACACGGGCGGGGGUUAAUCAGUUUGCUCGCGUGCCACAACCAGGAAGACGCGCGGAGUAGUGAAAGAGGAUCGAGAGGAAGGCGGCGAUGGCCCCUCAUACACAGACGGGCGGCAUAACGAUAAAGCAACCCUUCUCCCCGCACCAUCGCCAGUGGCCAUGGAGCAAUAGUGGCAUUGCGAACGGUGGCAUUGUUGUCCCACAGGCACAGCCAACUAGCGGCACUGCCACAGCAUUGAACGGUAGUAAUAGUGCUAACGGCGCUAGCGGAGGUAGUAUAAGCAUCAGUAGUAGUAGCCACGGAAUGACAGCCGCUGUCAACGGCACUGGACUGCCGGCCGCGGUGGGUGCAGGAACGUUGGAACAACAAUCAACCAGCGGCACCAGUAAUAACAGUAGUACCAGCAACAACAGCAACACCAGUAACAGUAGUAAUGGUAGCAACGGGAGUGGCCCCAACAACAGCGUCGUCACAGUGAGUCCUUCGAACAAGCUGAAACGCUUGCAGCCUACUGCGGUUGCAGUAGCGACGGGUACUACGACGACGCAGCAAGCCUUGACGCCAGCACAACCAUCGCUUCAACAACCAACCACCACCGGUGUUCAGACGGACGGAAAUGGCAAAAGCAAUAGUAGCAGCAGCAAUAGUAGCGGUAACCAGAACAGCAAUAGUAGCACCGGAGGUGCCGGAACGAACAGCAACGCGGCAAAGCGUUCCCGUCCCAACACGCAGGAACCCCGGACCGUGUGCAAAUCGGUCGGCACAAACACCGCGGGUACGACGGUGGCCAGAAUUGGUGCAGCCGUCGGUAGUGGUGCUGCUGCUGGUGGCCCUUUGAAUGGUGGCCCACCGGCGCUGGUGGCCGUCGGUAGUAUCACUAGCCAGUCCACUCAGUCAUCGGCCAUUGGUAAUGUAACACAAAAGAAGCUAACACAGAUGGCGGCCAUCAUUGCGGCGAAUGCUGCCGCGACCGCCACACUAACGAGCGUGAGGACGACGAGUAACAACGGGACGGCGGGCACGGCCUCGAUGGCAGUUGCUGCGGCCGCGGCCAGUGAAUUGACGAAGCCAAACAAGAUUACCGGUUACUUCAAGUCCCAGAUGAAAUCCACCAAUCCGUUCAAUACGCUCAAGAGAAACAUUAAAACCGUAGCCGGACGUGCAAUCACGAUGCAGCAGCGCAAACAGCAGCAGCAACAGCUGACGACGACGACCACGAUCGCUGCUUCCGGUGUUGCAGCCGGUGUUGGGGUAGCUGGUGGUGAAACGUUGGCAGCAGCUGCCGCAGAAUUGCUUACCACCACGACCACUACCACCACAGAGCUGCGCACCUGCGGGACGGCUGUGUUGCAAAAGAAGAGCAUCAUCCAAACGGCGGCGGCAGCAUCCACCAGCGCAUCUUCAGUGUGCUCCACAGCACCAGCGGUUGUGAGCAGCAGCAGCAGUACCAGCAGCAACACUAGUAGCAGCAACAGCAGCAUUGCUGGUAGCAACACUAACAACGUCCCUCCGCCCGCACCGUUGAAUGGUGCGGAUUAUGAAAAGUAUCUCAAAUUGAUCCAGCAACACCAGAUUCAGUUGAUGAAAAGUUCCUCCGGUACCGAACUAUCGACCGGCAGCGGUGGUGGGAUAACGACGAAGGAGGAAGCGGAAGCUGUGGCCACGUUAGCUGCGGCAGCGGCAGCAGCUACUGCUGCGGCCGCGGCAGCAGCAGCCGCUACUACGUCGAACAACAUUCUUACCAGCAUCGCAACCGUUGCCAGUGGUGGCAGUAGCAGCACCAGCAGCGGCACCAUCAGCAGCAGCAAUGCAAAUGUGAUGAAGAAAGUUGAACGAAAGACGGCUCGCAUUGCACCUACACGCAAGCUGACAACGAGCAGUGGCAGCAGCACAGCCAGUAACGGACAGACAGGAGCAUUGUUGGGAGUGACCGCAGCUGGACAACCGAAGAAACCGGUCAACAUAGCGCCGCGUACGACCAGCACCAGCAGCUCGCUGCAGCACAACAACAUCGUUGGCAACAACAGUAUUGAUGCAGUUGCUGCCAAGGCGGCGGCUGUUACGGCGAGCAGCAGCAGCAGCAGUAGCACCACAAUGGUUAGCUUCAAUCACCUCCAGGCAAUGUCCUCCUCGACGUCCUCGCUGGUGACGGCUGCUUCCUCUGCCACUACUACCUACCAACACCAGCACCACCUGCAUCAUCAGCAAAUGGCUGCCGCUAGUAACACAACGCUCACGAUGAAGAGCGAAGCGAAGCUAGUGCAAUCGCAGCAACCAUCGGUUGCGACAGCUCCUGCCGGUGCGGGAACCGUACUGCUGACGGCCAUUCGGUUGCCAACGGGCAAUGGGACGCCAGUAAGCUCCUCUCCGUCGGCCGUAACAACGCUCGGGACGUCGACUGCUGCUGGACCACAGUACAAACCGAUCGCACCCCAACCAAAUGGUGGAAAUUCGUUGAAGAGUGGAACAAGUGGUGGCACAUCGAUUGCUCCCAAGCUGAUGGCGCAACCUGCGCAACCGAACCCACCCACGGCCGUUUAUCAGUUUCAUCAACAAUCGUCUGCCGGGGGUGCAGCAACGAUGGCAGCCGGUACGUUGCCAGGGACUGCUGGUAUGCAACCGAUCGGUCAGCUUCCGAAUCUGGUGCAGAUCACGAACGUACUACCGAUGGCAACGAGUAAACCAUCGGUCAACAGUGUAGCGACGUCCAGCACCACCAACAUGCUGGUAGCGACGAACGGAGGAUUGACCGCGGCGCGACCACCAACACUCGCCGGUAAUCACCAUACCGGAGCCACCACGACCAGCGUAGCGCCUCCGCCACAGCUCUACAUGAACGCCACGAUCAUCAAGUUUCAGCAACAUCAGCAGCAAGCGGCAGCAGCUGCGGCCGUAGCCGCUCAACAGCAAGCGAUGGCAGCGGUGGCCAAUUCGCUGGCUACCGGUAACCACCAGCAACAACAGCACCAGCAGCAGCAGCAGCAACAACAGCAAAGCUUCACAUUGGAAGCGUCAGCAAUGAACAUGAACUUUGGUAGCAUGUUUGCCACGGCCAAGCCGGCUUCUCCGACUACCACGCUCGUACCGUUCUCCUCCUGCCCGGUAACGGCAGCGCAGACGAAAGGCAUCACAGUGCAUUCGUCACCGGCGCUUUAUCCGCAAGUGAGCCAAGCGUUUGCGCCCCAGCAACUCAUCAUGACCUCCAACGGGGGCGUCUUUGUCAAUACGGCCGCCUUUCCGAUCUUUAACUCGCUUGUACCGGCCAGUCUGGCGACGCAGACCGCCAACAUUCCCGCGUUGCAUCCAUUGCAGCCGGCAACGGCACCGGGGGCAGCGGGUCCACCAACUGGCCCAGCGUCUACGGCCGCCCAUCAGCUAUCCAACUACUCUGCCCUGAUGGCAGCAGUAGCAGCAGCCCAGCAGCAACACCAGCAACAGCAGCAACAACAACACCAUCAACAGCAGCAGCAGCAGCAACAGCAGUUCCAGCAACAUGCGCAGCACUCACUGUUGGCACUCACCACGAACCUUCAGUCGCAGGUAGCCGCUGCAGCUGCGGCGGCAGCAGCAGCAGCAUCAGCAGCAGCGAAUUCUUCGGGUAAACUAAACACCGUGGGUUGUCAGCCCGUGACUACCCAGCCGCAGGCUGUCCUACCUUCGCCACAGUACGUUCCGAUCACCCCGACAGCACUGUACGCCGCGGCCGCCGCAGCAGCAGCAGCAGCAGCAGGAGCUGGAACAACUUCAGGACAAGGAGCAACGACACUGCCACAGUUACCGUCAGCACCUACGACGCAAACGUUCGUAUCAUCGGGAGCGACACCGCACCACAACCAUACCACAACGAGUGUCGUGUCUACAACUGCUCAGGGUGCUCCGGUUGCUAACAGCGGCACCACGGCACUAGCCGCUGCCAUCCAGUCACUGUCUCCACCGCCGCUCGUUGCCACGGUACCAGCUUACGCGACCAGCACCGCAAGCAAAGCCCCGCUCUUGACUGGUGGUGGCCAGAAAGUGACCACAGUGGCCAGUGAGCCACCCGGAUUGGUACCGGUACAGAUGCCAUCAGCGCACAACAAACCACCAUCGGCAGUAGCAGCGGCUGCAGCAGCAGUGACCUCCAAGACAAUGCCAAAGUUAGUUCGCCGUACCUCGACAACGGCAGCAGUAGCUUCUACAGCGCCGGCCACCGUUCGUCCAUCGGCACCGUUAACCGUUGCAAGCAGUACCGGUGGGCGUACUAAUGGUUCCACGCAAACACCAUCAUCAAUCAAUGCAGGUGGAGUGGCCGGAACAACAGUAGUGGCCCAAUCCGAAACGGCGCAUAUCACCACCAGCAACAGCAGCAGCAGCAGCAAAUCGUCACCGGCAAUGACCACCGCACUAUCGCUCGAUUGUGGGAGCAGCAACGAUAGUGGAAUUGUGGCCAAUUCGAGUGACAGUGAGGAUAAGUCACUAACAAUCGAUCUCUGUUCACCGGGAUCACCGGAUUCCGGGGCACCACCACCGGUGAAAAAGGCUCUCCAUCACCACCACCACCACCAUCAUCAUCAUCAUCGUCGGCGAAGCCUGAAGGACGAUGACUCACCAAUGAUGCAUUCCUCGCAAUCACCAACCCUCUCUUCCUCCUCGUCUAUUUCGGAUGAUUCCGAGGAUCAGCUGGAACCAGCGCCACCGAUUUCGUCGCAACCGAAACCACCAGCGCCAUCAGCGGGUUCCUCGUCUGCGUUGGCACCAUCGCCACCACCGCUGCGAUUACUGUCCGAUGUGGCGGUAGCAGCGGCGGAAGCGGAAGCUGUCGCGUUCCAGCAACCAUCGACGGUUGCGGUACAGUCAGCACCACUGCAACCAUCAGCAGUACCACCGGUCUCCACAGUAGUAGCUACCACAGCCCUAACCGCACUAUCACUGUCGUCCUCCUCCAUUACGGUCACCGGAACGGGCUCGUCCCCAUGCCAGAAGUCACCGAAGAGUACGGUCCUGGAGCUGAUCCGCGGCAAGCAAUCGAUGAUGGAUAUCGAUGAUCAGCAGGCGCCCUCGGAAGCACCGAUGUCGGUGGCCUCGUCCUCGUCAUCGAACGAUCUGCAGGAGGAUUGUGUCAGUCUCAGUGGCAGUGGGAGUGCCGUUGAUGGUGGUGGAGCUGCUGUUGCUGCUGCAGAUAAGCGACAGCAACCAACGGCUUGUCCGAGCAUCGAUAUCGAUCCGCAGACGAGCAUCGCAGAUGCAGCAUCGACCAGUGCCCUGAGUCCGAUUCUUUCGCAACCGAAAACGAUCCGCUUCCCAGUGCCGUCUGGUACGACUGUGCCGCACCAUCACUUCGGUCGCAAGGGUUUCCGGCGGUCCGGCGAUGGGCGGCUGUACGGUGCCUGCUAUUGGCGCGACUGUGAGGCCAAGUUCGACAGUGUGUCCCAACUGCUGGACCAUCUGCAGGCGGCGCAUGUCAACACGCAAAAGGAAUCGUACCGGUGUCUGUGGGUUGGUUGCAAGGUGCACAACAAGGAGUGUACCAAGUUCAACUGGCUCGAGAAGCACGUCCUGUCGCACGGGGGCUCCAAGCUGCACAAGUGCAUCGUCCCCGGGUGCGGUAUGCGUUUUGCCACGCAGGCCGCAUUGGAGAAACACGUCAAUGGACACUUUGCCAGCACGGACGGUGCUAGUACGAGCAAACGAUCGUCCACCGAUGUACCGAUGCCGAAGGUGCUGCGAAAGACGGGCAAAAAGGUUCGCUAUCGUCGUCAACCCGUUUCAGCCCGUCGUUCCGAUUUCUUCGAUUCCGGCAUAAUGGAGGGUCUGCAGCAUCGCCUGAUGCGUAUCGGGAGCGUCGCCAGUGGUCCACAAGGGACAUUGCUGUUCCGGGGACGUCAGAUGGCACGCCGUAAGCCAAUAGGCAAGGCGGCGGAAGUGCUAAUCCGCUGGUUUCCCGCAGAGAUCAUACCCGAUGAGUGGCUACCAGAGGCAAGUGUGCAGCUCGAGAAGCAGGUUGAGGUGCAUCAGCUAACGCACGAGCAGCAAAAUGAUCUGUUGGAUUAUCUGAAAAACGAUCGACUCAGCACGAAACCUAUGGUGGACCACAAUCCGCUCGUGGCCCUUCACCAGUACAGCCUGAUGUUGCAAAAGGAACAAUCUGCAACGGCUAGCAACAGCAAUCGGAUGGGCAUAGUCACCAGUAGCAGCAGUAGCAGCAGCAGCAGUAGUAGCAGUAUCAGCAGCAGCCGUAGUGGCAGCAAUUCGAACCUCAGCAUCAAUACCUGGAACAGUGUUAGCUCCUCAGCACUGAGUACUCGCCUUUCCGCGAGUAGCGGCAUCUUCCGGCUAGCUCCGAAGCAACAGCGAAAGCCCCAGCGACAACCGAUGAGCAACGAACAGCAGCAGCGUGGCGACGGUGGAUCAUCCGCCUCGUGUCAGUCAACUUCGACAAAGGAUGACAACACAUCCGGUGGCAAGACGGACUUUUCGGCCCUCUUCUCGACCUCCAUGACCUCGCUUCCUUCGUCGGGCAGUGGAUCUCAGGCUUCCUUUGAGGCUUCGAGAGCGAGUAAUGGCCGGAGCAACAGUAGCACCAGCACGAAUGCACCUAUCGGAGGAGGAAGCUGUGGUUCGAUGCAAGUUUCUUCGUCCGUCUCAUCUCCCGCUCCCUCCGGUUCUCUGUCGUUCUCUACCUCUUCGUCGAUGUCAUCAUCAGCAUCGUCCUCAUCGUCAUCUUCCUGCUCUUCCGCAUCAGCACCGGGACGGGAUUCCGCUCCGAUGGCGUCAGCAGCUGCCGCCGUCACACGAACGUUGGCGACGGCUGUGACGCCCGCUAGUGCAUCCGUUUCCUGACCUUGCAGGGUUAAAAAGGGCAACGGAGUGGUCCGGCCAUCACCUUGCGAGCAGCUCAGCGUGUCGCACUCGAACCAGCCGGUACCACCAAUGCCAGUGAAGCGCACAUGCGCGGGGUCAGUAUCUGGAAAUCGUCCCGUUUCAUCAAUGCCGACGUCACAACGACGGAAUCGCCGUGCUGUGGGUACAUCAGCAGCGGGCUUUAAUUUGCGCCAGAGAUCGAAUUAACUAAUCGACCGACACCGUCGAGCGGUAGCUGAUGCCUUCUUCAAGUCAGAAGCAGCAGAGUUGACCUGUAGAUAUAGAUUAAGCCGUGAUUCUUACAAACGAAAUGGAAACCAAAACUGUGUAGGGAGGAGAGCAGCGAGCAACAGAAUAGAGAAGGAACAAAGCCACAAAUGAUCCUUUUGCGAAAGAUGUAUAUAUUACAGUACAUAUAUACAUCUAUAUUAGCUUUUUUGUCCCUUUAUUAUCAACCUAAAUUGUGCUAGGUUCAUGUAAGGUACAUUAGAUAAUGUGUGUCAGAGUAUGGUGAGAAAUAGAGGGAAUGAAAAGGACAAGGUAAGAGGAGAGAGAGAGAAAGAGAAGUUAGAGAGAUAGAGCGAAGUAAAGAGUGGAAAAGUGGAUGUGCACACCAUGUCGAACGGAGGUAUUCUGCAUUUAGUAAAAUAUUUUGGUAAAGUGCUUUUGUCACAGGAAGCACUUUGUUGCGAUCAACAAAACCAUUAAACCCGUUUUAUUGAAAUUUGGUUUUACAUUUUCAAUCAUCAUUCGGAUCGUUUAGUUAAAAUGUGGCUCUUGAUGGAAGCAGCAGCAGCAUUUCGAGGGCUUAGAGUUAUUUUCUUACAUUUCAUUUAGGUAAAAUAAUUAUUAUAGACAGAUAUCGUUGAGAAAGUAUGACAGCAAAAUUGAUCAUGCGAGCGAGAUAUGCUGUGAAAUGAAUGAAGCUCUGAAGCGGGUGGUCGGAGCAACAAAGGGAAACAAAAUUAUUUCAAAUGCCGUUGAUCUCAUUUGUAGCGUUUAGAAUGGAAAAGCGAGAAUUCGAAAGUGCCCUCCCUACACCCUGUCGAGUCGAACAAUGCAAUCAGGAAAGCAGGAGCAGCAGAAGCAUAGAGCGAAACUGUGGCGUAUCGCGUAACGUAGACAGGGCGCUGUAGUGUGCAGUUGACGUUCGGCUGUUUGUACGCACGGAAUGAAUAUGACAUAUAUUAUGAAAUGCUGUAACAUACGUGAGUCGAGACUAAACUCUCUAAUAUUUUAUAAAUACACACUCAAACACACACACAUACCAUAACACAUACGAACCGUACUGCCCCGUAUAUGCUUCUCUGAAGUAUUCGUAACCGGGGGGGGGGAAUCCAGGCAAAGGAACAUUGCCUCGAUCUUCAUACAAGCCUAUCCCAAUUAGUAUCAUCAGCGAUGCGCGGAGGCUGAAAGACUGAAAACGACACGUAUUUCUUUUGUUAAAAAAAAAACUUUAUCACGAAUGGAGCUAAUGAAACACAUUCACUGGCGUUAAGCGAUAAUUAAGGAGUAACAGAAGAGGGCACGAUAAAAAGUAAAAACCCCGCAGACUCUUGACCGUUUAGGCAUACGUAUGCGGCAUAGCAAGCAAGAGAGGAACUGUUUGUGUUUCAUUUUUGUCUGUCGCUCAGCCCUGGUUUAGCUUAUUAAUUAUCACAAAAUUUUGUUUAGAAAUUUCCCCAAAAAACCAACCCACCACAUAUGAGCGCCCGGGUCCCCUCUUGAUAUUUUCUGCAAACGGUUCAACAGGGCCUGGGGUACAUUACGUCGCAACGCACGACGUUUGCGGUAACUGCACAUGAAUAGAAUUAUUUAGUCGCGCGCAAAGUUAAUGACCACUGCCAAAAAAUGAAAACAUGACUGAUAAAAUGAAAUAAUGCCGGGAUCGACGGUCGAACGCACUAACAGAGAGGGGGAUGCAUGUCGAUCGCGCGAUAGUAACACCAUUUGCUAAAGGAAAGGGAGUCGAACCCUGACGGCGUAGUCAUACCUUCCAAUGGGUAGAGCUAAAAGAGAGGGGACAAGUCCUUUAUAUGAUGUAAAAUGAUGGGAAAACGGCACAAACAGCUCUGGGGGGACAUCUAAAUCAAAACACAGCAAUCCAAAUCAUUUCCGGCGUCGGUUAAUCAAAAUUUAUGGGUAAUAUUUUGAAUGUUUUAUAGCAAAGAUGAAAAGUAAUCCUAGUAGUCGUGUGGCACUACAGCAGCCCCUUUCGUCGUUUAAAAUAGUAACGUUCAAUACCUUCCUUUCGAAGCCCGAACACUGCCAGCUUGGAUCUCGGUUGUUUGGAUGGUUACGAUAGCUGCGGUGAAUGUAAAUGUGCUCGUCUUACUUGAUUCAGAAUCAACACUGCCAAUCAUUUACUGCCAUUUAUUGCUUCCUGUAACUGCGUUCAGAUAAUACGAAAGCGAUGUACGGUACCUAUCUGUAGGGUACAGUACAGACGAUAAAUUUUCUUUGGUUUCUCUACCAUUAAAUUCAUCUUACUUUAAUUUAGUUUUAUCUUUAAUUCCUUUGUUUCAAUGCGUGUUCACUGCGGUCCCUUGCGCUGGUCACAUGCGAUUGGUGCUUCCUGUAAUGACUCGAAAGACUUAAAUGAUGCCCAGCCAAGGAACGUUCAAAAUUAGUUGCAUAAUGAAACUAUUUUAACCUCCCAACUGAUCAAUGUGAUCAGCUCCCUUUCCUUUAUGCCUAGUGGUGCUGUCGAUGUGUCGUUUUUAUUGUUUUUUAACGGAAGAAAGACAAAAGAUACACGGAUAACGUGAGUCGAUGGAUAUGUGUGGUGUUCUUAAGAUGUAUCGAAUGUGUUCGGCACACGUUACGUUCGGUGGAUUAUUUCGUUAGAAAUUUACGUUUCGGACUGAUUUUUAUAAAAUAAUACUUUCAUUCUAAAGAUUAAACAUUUAAAUCAAAUGGAAAAUCCAAACGCUCAAGUCAGCUAAACACUGCUGCUCAACAUGCAUCGAUGUUUCUGCACGAAGCGCGUCCCCGAUGCGCUCUCUUCGAAGGUGCAAACCGAACGGAAAGCGACGCACGGUAUGUUUUAUUGUAUAAUAAUGGAAGCUUUCAUUUUCGUAAAGCAUUUAAGCAAAUUAAUUCAUCUACUCUUUUUGUCGCACUGCCACACACAAAAAAAAAACAACUCUUCCAACGGUACGAAGGCGACCAACGUUUUCUCGCUCUCUUUCCUCUCUCUCUCUCUUGCUCGAGCAGCAGGUUUGUGGUGCGGGCCCAAGGAGGAAUAGUGAGAUUUCUUAUUUAUAGUGCUAGUAAAAUUUUAAACAUGUUCGUCAUCGUCCUCCUUUUGUGGUAUAUCCCUAGCAUUUAAACAACUGCCGAACACCAUCCCACUUUUUUGCAGUAGCGGGACAAACCCCACACCGGCUCGAAAUACAAAAUGAUUGCUGUUGCUUUUGUGUACCUUAGUUAUGGAUUUUUUUUUGUAAAACAUGUGUUUUUUUUAGUAAACACAAACGUUCCCAUUCUCCUCCAUCCCUAGUUUAGCCGAUAAGUUACCCUCUAAGCCAUGCGAUUACAACCUAAGGCACUUUAAGUAGACAUAAUCUACCAGCUAACGUUCUAUGAGAUAAUGUGUGCGACGCUUUCGGCGAAAGGUGGAGCCACACGUAUUAGUAGGAAGAGGACUACCGCAUAAGAACCGCUGCCAGGCUGUCGAAUGCCUACUUUGUAUUGAUGUGUUUAGUAGCUAUAAUUUCGAUCGCUUCGAUGGACGAACCGCCGCGCAACUACUACUUACCCCUUAAGAUAUAGCAAAACCGGCCGGUGUCCGGACACUGCGUUAGACAAAGCCUAGGCCCGGAUAGCCCGGUUCUCAAUGAGUGAUCUUUUUCUUGUAACGUUUUAAUUUUUCGCAACAGCACGUACGGAACACACUCUGCCAGGAAUAUGGAAAGGCCAGGGGAAGGAAUGGGCCGAAAGAUUGAAAAAAAAGCAAUUAAAAUACCAACUACUUGGAUUGAUUGACAAAUGAAAUCAAAUUGUUUUGUUUAUUUUUUCGAGUGUCAUUGUCCUCCUUUCGUUGAU